UCUCGUUUCCGAACCAGUGCGCCGCAGAUCGGGGAGAUGCAUCCGGUAAGGUCGGGCCUCGUCGCCUCCUCGAGGACGUUGGGUCUGAGGAGGUUCCUGAGCUCGCAGGAGCUGAUCGAGCGGGACAACAAGUACGGCGGCAGACAUUUUAAGCCUCUGCCGGUGGUCCUCGCGAGGGGCGACGGCGUUCAUUUGUGGGACACCGAUGGGAAACGGUACUUGGAUUUCCUGGCGGGGUUCUCCACCGUUAACCAGGGACACUGCCACCCGAGGCUCGUCAAGGUGAUGCGGGAGCAGGCGGGCAAACUCGCGCACACCUCCAGAGCUUUUUACUCGGAGCCACACGGCGAGUUGGCGGAGUACCUGACGAGGCUGCUGGGGUGGGACAAGUUUCUACCCAUGAACACAGGCGUCGAAGCCGGCGACACCGCUGUCAAGGUAGCGAGACGCUGGGGGUACAGAAUCAAGAAGAUACCGAACGAACAGGCGACCGUGGUCUUCGCGAGGAGCAAUUUCUGGGGACGAUCGAUCGCGGCACUGUCGGCGUCCACGGAUCCAAAUUGUUACACCGAUUUCGGACCGUACGUGCCCCGGUUCGACAAGAUACCGUACAACGACCUGGCCGCGCUGGAGAAGAAGCUUAAGGACGACCCGACCGUCUGCGCGUUCAUGGUGGAACCCAUCCAAGGCGAAGCGGGAGUCGUCGUGCCCGACGACGGUUACCUGAAAGGCGUACGGGAUCUAUGCACCAAGUACAACGUCCUAUGGAUCGCCGACGAGGUGCAAACUGGCCUGUGCAGGACGGGGAAGCGACUGGCAGUCGAUCACGAGAAUCAAAGGCCGGAUAUCCUCGUCCUGGGGAAAGCAUUGUCCGGAGGACUUUAUCCGGUUUCCGGUAUCUUGGCGGACGAACAGAUCAUCCAUUGUUUGGAGACCGGAUCGCACGGCAGCACUUUCGGCGGAAGUCCUCUGGGAAACAAGGUCGCUCUGGAGGCGGUUAAGGUCCUGGAGGAGGAGAAUCUCGCGGAGAACGCGAGGAAACUCGGGGAGAUCGUCCGACAGGAGCUGCAGAAACUGCCGAAGGACGUGGCCACGGAAUUUCGGGGACGAGGACUGUUGGCUGGUCUGGUGAUCGCGAAAGACUUCGCCGAGGGCUGGGACAUUUGCUUGAAGCUGAAGGAGGCAGGUUUGUUGACUAGACCGACCCACGGGCAAAUAAUAAGAAUAUCCCCGCCGCUCGUUAUCACGGAGGAACAACUGCGAGAAGGACUGCACAUACUGACCAGUGUGCUCAACAGUUACAAGUGAAGAAACCCCGUGAAUCCUCGCGUGACGGUAGUUCAUUCGUUUCCAGCCGCCAAGAGGAGAAACACUCUAUGAUUGUACGCGUGAAAUGUAGUUUUAUUGAUAAAUACAAAAGUUGUGCGCGCAAGCGAUCACUAAG